CUAACACCUUCCAAGUUCAGGAAGAAACCAUCUGCAUCAGCAUCGACAACCUGGUACCAUGCACCCAGCAGGCCCCGUGUGAGUAAACCAGAGGCUCCUCUACAACAUGAUCCACAGAGACAAUGCAGGUCUUGUUUGCAGCCUGAAGUUUGUGACUCUCCUGGUUGCUCUAAGUCCGGAACUCCAACUCCUGGGAGCUGGAGUCCAGCUUCAAAACAAUGGGUAUGAUGGAUUACUUGUUGCGAUUAAUCCUCAGGUACCAGAGAAUCAGAACCUCAUCUCAAACAUUAAGGAAAUGAUAACUGACGCUUCAUUCUACCUAUUUAAUGCUACCAAGAGAAGAGUGUUUUUCAGAAAUAUAAAGAUUUUAAUACCUGCCACAUGGAAAGCUAAUAAUUAUAGCAAAGUAAAACAAGAAUCAUAUGAAAAGGCAAAUGUCAUAGUGACUGACUGGUAUGGGGCACAUGGAGACGACCCAUACACCCUACAAUACAGUGGGUGUGGAAAAGAGGGAAAAUACAUUCAUUUCACACCUAAUUUUCUACUGAGUGAUAACUUAACAGCUGGCUACGGAUCACGAGGUAGAGUUUUUGUCCACGAAUGGGCCCAUCUCCGUUGGGGUGUGUUUGAUGAAUACAACAAUGACAAACCUUUCUACAUAAAUGGUCAAAAUCAAAUUAAAGUAACAAGGUGUUCAUCUGACAUUACCGGCAUUUUUGUGUGUGAAAAAGGUCCUUGCCCCCAAGAAAACUGUAUUAUUAGUAAGCUUUUCAAAGAAGGAUGCAUGUUUCUCUAUAAUAGUACCCAAAAUGCAACUGCAUCAAUAAUGUUCAUGCAAAGUUUAUCUUCUGUGGUUGAAUUCUGUAAUGCAAGUACUCACAACCAAGAAGCUCCAAACCUACAGAACCAAAUGUGCAGCCUCAGAAGUGCAUGGGACAUAAUCACAGAAUCUGCCGACUUUAAUCACAGCUUUCCCAUGAAUGGGACUGAGCUUCCACCUCCUCCCACAUUCUCCCUUGUACAGGCUGGUGACAAAGUGGUCUGUUUAGUGCUGGAUGUGUCCAGCAAGAUGGCAGAGGCUGACAGACUCCUUCGGCUGCAACAAGCAGCAGAAUUUUAUUUGAUGCAGAUUGUUGAAAUCCAUACCUUUGUGGGCAUUGCAAGUUUCAGUAGCAAAGGAGAGAUCAGAGCCCAGCUACACCAAAUUAACAGUGAUGAUGACCGAAAGCUGCUGGUUUCAUAUCUGCCCACCUCUGUGUCAGCUGGAGCAGAAGCCAGCAUCUGUUCAGGGCUUAAGAAGGGAUUUGAGGUGGUAGAAAAACUGAAUGGAAAAGCCUAUGGCUCUGUUAUGAUAUUAGUGACCAGUGGAGACGAUGAGCAUAUCAGCAACUGCUUACUCACUGUACUGGACAGUGGUUCGACCAUUCAUUCCAUUGCCCUAGGUUCAUCUGUGGUCCAAAACCUGGAGGAAUUAUCACAUCGUACAGGAGGUUUAAAGUUCUUUGUUCCAGAUAAAUCAAACUCCAAUAGCAUGAUUGAUGCUUUCAGUAGAAUUUCCUCUGGAACUGGAGACAUUUUUCAGCAACGUAUUCAGCUAGAAAGUAUGAGUGAAAACGUUAAACCUCACCAUCAAUUGAAAAACACCGUGACUGUGGAUAACAGUGUGGGCAAUGACACUAUCUUCCUAGUUACAUGGCAGAGCAGUGGUCUCCCUGAAAUUGUAUUAUUUGAUCCUGAUGGAAGAAAAUACUACACAAAUAAUUUUAUCACCAAUCUAGCUCUUCGGACAGCUAGCCUUUGGAUUCCAGGAACUGCUAAGCCAGGACACUGGACUUACACACUGAACAAUACCCACCAUUCUCUGCAAGCCCUGAAAGUGACAGUGACCUCCCGUGCCUCCAGCUCAGCUGUGCCCCCAGUCACUGUGGAGGCCUUUGUGGAAAGAGACAGCACCCAUUUUCCCCAUCCCGUGAUGAUUUAUGCCAAUGUGAGAAAGGGGCUUUACCCCAUUCUUAAUGCUACUGUAACUGCCACAAUUGAGCCAGAGACUGGAGAUCCUGUCACUCUGAAACUUCUGGAUGACGGAGCAGGUGCUGAUGUUAUAAAAAAUGAUGGAAUUUACUCGAGGUAUUUUUUCUCCUUUGCUGUAAAUGGUAGAUAUAGCUUGAAAGUGCACGCCAAUCACUCUCCCAGCAUAAGGACCCUCGUCCACUCUAUUCCAGGGAGUCAUGCUAUGUAUGUACCAGGUUACAUAGCAAAUGGUAACAUUCAGAUGAAUGCCCCAAGGAAGUCAGUGGGCAGAAGUGAGGAGGAGCAAAAGUGGGGCUUUAGCCGAGUAAGCUCAGGGGGCUCCUUUUCUGUCUUGGGAGUUCCAACCGGCCUCCAUACUGAUGUGUUUCCACCCUGCAAAAUUAUUGACCUGGAAGCUAUAAAAGCGGAAGAGGAGUUGACCCUAUCUUGGACAGCACCCGGAGAAGACUUUGAUCAGGGACAAGCUACAAGCUAUGAAAUAAGAAUGAGUAAAAAUCUACAGAAUAUUCAAGAUGACUUUAACAAUGCUAUUUUGGUGAAUACGUCAAAUCUAAAUCCUCAGGAAGCUGGCACCAGAGAGAUAUUUACAUUCUCACCCAAACUUUUCACAAAUGGACCUGAACAUCAACCCAAUGGAGAGACACAAGAAAGCCACAGAGUUUAUGUGGCAAUACGAGCAGUGGAUAGUAAUUCCUUAAAGUCUGCUGUAUCUAACAUUGCCCAGACAUCUCUGUUUAUCCCCCCAAAUUCUGCUCCUGUACCUGCCAGAGAUUAUCUAAUAUUGAAAGGAGUUUUAACAGUAAUGGGUUUGAUAGGAAUCAUUUGCCUUAUUAUAGUUGGAACACACUGUACUGUAAAUAGGAAAAAGAGAGCAGACAAGAAAGAGAAUAGAAGAAAAUUGCUAUGAACAAAUGUAUAGAAUACUUUCCUCCUUAGUAAGACCUGUGGCCUUUGCACUUUGCAAAUUAUACCAACAAAGUCAAAUUAACGUCAAAACUGUACUAAAAUGCAUUGGGUAUUUUAUAAUACAGAUCAGAUUUUGACAUAGUAAAUAAACAAAAAAUUCUUUUAUAAUACUCAUUUUGGGGGGGGAUUAGAAAACUCCUUGCCUUUGGCUACGGAAAAAUAAUAAAUUAUUCUUCAAAGUAAUGUCUUUAAAGGCAAGGCAAGGGCAAAGUUGAGUCAGAGUCAAGAAAAGCUUAUUUUAUUGAAGUGAAAAAACAGCCCCUAGUAGAGAAAAGGGGGUUAGAUCUGAAUUAUGCAGUAUAACUGUCCAUAUGAAGUAAUUGAAGCAAUCAUUUAGUUGCUUCGAUUAAUUUUCCAUUUCUCCUUAUCUGUACAGAACAGGUUGCUUGUUUACAGCUGAAGAUCAAGCUGCACUUUAUGUAUGAAUCUCCUGUCAUAAAGUUCUUUACCUCUUGCCAUUUGGUUAAAUAUACUACAGAUCAAAUCCACCACUAGCGCUCAAAGAUCUUUUUCGCUGUAAGAGAUAACCUUAAAAUGUGGGUAUUAUCCUUGUCCUUUCAAACUGGUUUUGUAACAAAAGUCUAUUGAAUUUAUUGUUUAUAAAUUUCUACUCCCAUCAAAACAGCUUUCCAAGUUAUUGCCUUGGGUAUUAUUAGAUGAAAAUAGUUAUAGCUCUCAUAAGGCUUUAAGUAGGGAAUGAAAGACAGUGUUCUGAGCUUAUUUUAGUACAUACAUAGACCAAACAGUUUUAUUCAAUUUCAACCAAAGAAGAAGUCAAAUAGGAGAGACUGACCUUUGGAAAUGGUCAGCUAGUUCUGUUCUUUGAUUAAAUAGGAGUCUAGAAUCUUUUCUCCAUCAAGAGCUAUUUACCAAGGGCAGGGGAUGAGACAGGUCAUAAGGAAAUAAAAAGCAUCUUUCAUCUAAUUUUACUUCCUCUUAUUUUUUUAAAGAUUAUUAAACAAUAGAAUCAUUUGCUUUUUAAAUUA